UCAACCAAUCUGUGUCACGCACCAUGGGAAGAUGUAUUGAUGUUUGCAUGCUGGUCUUAUGGGUUGCAGUUUGUGUGACCUUCAUUGUCUUGGGUGCUGUGUACAUUGAUGACUGCCCAGUGAAACGUGUCAUCCCUAUCCACAUGAUCAUUUCUGGAUCUUUCGGUCUCCUCUAUGUAUUCUCUUCCUGCUACAAGGACCGUGUUGUGUGCCAACAUUUGUCUAAACUAUUUUGGUUCAUGAUCAUCGUCUGGUUCUUUAUUGGCCAUUUUUGGAUCUUCUCUGUAUUCCAGCCCAACUACGAACGGAAAGAGAUCAUCGGCUACACAUACUGCAACAAAUCUCUAUACAUCUUUGCGGCCUCUACCACCAUCAUAUUGGACAUCAUUUUAAUUGUGCGGCUGCUUGUGUUGUUCAGUGUUUGUACGUGGUUCAUGCUUUGUCUGGUCUGCUGUGUCUCUUUAUGCAAGUCUGAUGAUGUCAAACCUGAUCAGGUUGUUGAGCCUUUGAGGUGUGUGGAGACUGAGAGGUGUGUGGGGACUGACGGAAGUGUGGGGACUGAGGUGUGUGUGGGGACUGACGGAAGUGUGGGGACUCAGGUGUAUGUGGAGACUCAUGAGAGUGUGGGGCAUGACGAGAGUGUGGGGACUAAGGAGUAUGUGGUAACUGAGCAGAGUGAGUCCAACACUGCUCAUUAUUAAUGCAAUGCACUAUUCACAAUAGUCAUUUACAUGAAUUUGUCUCCUUUGGGGGGUGAGAUAAUAUAAUAAUGUAGAUGUCAUCAUAAACAAAUAAGCAACAAUGGGUAAAUUGGUGCCAUUAUGUUGCCAAAUAUCAGAAGAUUAAAAGAAAAAUAUAAAUUCCCACUUUGACUUUCAAGAUUUAAAAUGUACCUUGGUAGACAAAUAUUAUUGUUACCAUUGUUGAGCAGAAUUAUAAUCAUUUUUCUAAUAGGCUGCUGUUCCACUUCACAGACACCCCCCUAAAAUAGUUUAGUGGAACAGCCCAUCAAUCAAAAGGCACACCUGAAGAAAAUGGACUGGUGUGUUAAAAGGCCGACUUCUGGUCCCAUUCUGCCCCUGCUGUAAUUCGUAAUUCAUUACAAUUAUAAUAACUCAUUGGAUCAAAUUGUGUGAUGAUCAUCUUAGUCCUUGACAAAUAGUAGGCCUAAGCUUAUGGAUCUACUGUCUGUUACCAAUAUCAGCAAUAAAAUAAGCAGCAUCUUGUUUACUUGGAAUGAACAGAGCACAUAAUGCAAAUGAAUACAAGUCAGACAGAGAUUAAAUCGAAGAUUGAAUGUUUUAUGGCUCAAUUUAAUUGAUCAAAUGUGUGUUGUGUUCUUUCACAAUAAACAGGCCAGGGCUUC